UGAACAGAUUCCAACUCAAAUGUCCACAGUUUAUUUUCGAUGUUUUAACUCACCGACGUUUGAAGGAUUUUCUUUCAAUGUUCCCUAAAUCCUGCAUUCUUUACAUGUGUGUUACCAUGUCUGCUAAGCUCCACAUGUUAUCUUGGUGGAAGGGAAAGAGUCCACGGAGGUAAAUUGCUUGUGUUGCCAUGGUUACAGAGCUGAACCAAAAAAAGAAACCAUUAUCCAGUUAAUUAGUCCUUUAUCAAACAGAAAAAUAUAUAAUUCAAACAUCCCUCGUCUGCCCGAGCGCAGUCCACUAUACUUAGCUUGCUUUCAUGUGAAUAUGUGAAAUAACCAUCUAUCAUAUUCUGUUCUCUGGAUUAAGAGGCCAUUUAAUAGCAAGAAUGUUCCCGGCUUGACAGCAUGUUCUCGGCUCGACCCUCGACACUGACAGACGCUUCAGUCACAAAUAUGGCAGUCACCCUGAAUGUCCCUGUGUCCUUGAAAGCCCAAAUGGAUUAUUUUACGCUGUGACCACCGAGAUUCUGUUUCCCGAGAAAAAUAAACUGAAUCCCAUCCGUUCCUUCUGUCUUUUUUGUUCUGCUCGCACAGAAAUGAUGACCACGGCUUUUGUUUUUUUCGCUGCCUUGUCUGAAGUCCGUACACGAAUCGUUAAAAGUCAGAACACUCGGAGCCACUGAAAGAUGCGGCUGAGUGUUUUCCGCGGACGAAGCCCCCCAGGUUGACGACUGUAAUGGCUUAGAAUUUUUUGAAUUUCUCUCAAUGGAAGCAGUUCCAUUGAUGUCUUUUUUGGCCGGAAACAGUGUUGACAUGUUCCAGGAAAGGCAGGAGACAUGCGUCAUACCCUCCGUCCAAUCAGGCCUCUUCAUGGAUUCCUUCUUUUUAUACAUUUUCACAGGGGGGCGAAUGUCUACGGUGUCAGUUACUGUGGUGUUUCCUGUUUUUCUGUUUUGUUCACUGAGAAUAUCAACAUGGUGGCUGGGUUAAGUACUUUUUAUGCCCCAUUGAUUUACGGCCAAUCCAUCGAAAAGGCCUGGAUGGUCGAUCAAUCACCCGUGCACUCAAAAAAACAACCCAGCACAUAGCUGCCACUGGAGAUUGUCUAGCCUUGAUCCAGGGGGAACCAAAAAAAUAUCAAUAAAUACCUGUUCUGUGACUCUUUGUGAGGUCAUUCUGACUCUUUGUGGUCAUUUUCCUUCCGUUUGUUGUUGUUUUGCUUCUCUGGAUGUUUUAAAUCUUCGAUGUAUUGUUAUCUCAUUAAUAUCACUGUGUCCAAUGUCGUUGUAACGUUUUGCAUAUGUUUUUGCUAAUUUUAGAUCUAUUUUAUUGUUUUAGUUUUAGUUCUCUUUGUUAUCGUUUGAUUAACUUUCCAAUAAAAACAAAUAACAGUUUACUCAAUGAGAUACUCCUUAUUGAGAUCUAAUUAAAGCAGAUCUUAGCAUUCAGAAUUGUGUCUCCUUGCAGGUGAAACGUUGUUCUUGCAAUAAGCCCAUGUAGAUACCCUCAAGCUAUUCUCUGGUCGCUGCCCAUGGUGCUGAAAGUAAACAGCACGCAUACGCAUCACCACCAUUAUAACCGUCAAUACAUUUCAGUCUAAAAUGAAACAUUUUGACUCAUAACCAGCAUUACUUUGAACAGUGUGGACCACACGCGGCAAUCCAGAUGUUAAACCUCAGUGGAGAUGUGAGUCAGACGCAUGGAGCCACCUGAGCGCCUCACAAAUUGCGCGCGGCGGAGAAGCGGACCUGAUGCCCUCCGGAGCUCCUCAGAGGCGCAGGCACACACAGUUUUGUGAAUAGUUUGUCUUCUAGAAAGAAAAAUGCCACGCAUGCAUGCGACGUGAGGACACGCAGGCGACGGUCUUCUCUCUCAGCAUCAACAUCCCAAAAAGGCAUCGCUCCUCCUCCAGCUGCAUUUCCGGACUAAACUGUUGUCUCACUUUGUUGUCUCUGUGUCCGGCGAGGUGCGAAUCCCAAAGGAACCUCCUCCUCCUCUUCCUCCUCCUCUUCCUCCUCCUCCUCCUCCUCCUCCUCCUCCUCCUCCUCCUCCACGCCGUCGUGUUGCCGCAGCAGCCAGUGCGGUGAGUGCGUCCUGCAGCAGCAGCAACAACAGCAGCAAAAACGGCACCUGUCGUUUCUCUUGACGAGCCGAUAGCGAUUUUAGGAGUAAAUCAAGGUAUUCUCUGAAAUCAUUCUCGGCGGGGCUUCUCCCUGAAUGCAGUUGCGUAGACAUUUGCAUCGAGCCCUUGAUGCCGAGUGGAGGGGGGCAACUCACUGGUGAACUCACUCUCACAAACACACACCCACCCACACACACACACACACACACGUAUCGUGGCGCCUUCUGAAUACAGGACACAAUGAGGAGUUACCUGCUGACUGCAAUCUUCCUGCUGCCCUUGGUGGCCUCAGAGUCCGAGCACUGUAUUAUCAAGCGGGAACAUGAGAAGUGCAUGGAGAGCAUGAUGCUGCGCAACCCCGCCGAGGACCUUGAUUUAGUGUGUCCGUGGGAGUGGGACAACCUGACCUGCUGGCAGUCGGCCAGCGUCGGCCAAGUCGUGGUGGUCAACUGCCCGGAGCUCUUCCACGCCUUCAUGGACCCCGAGGACGAGAUGGGGAGGAUCAGUCGGAACUGCACAGAGGAAGGAUGGUCUGAGCCUUUCCCUCACUACGUGGACGUCUGCCUCUUCUACGACAACGCCACUAAACCCGACACCUACUUUGCCUCGGUCAAGGCGUUGUACACGGUGGGCUACAGCACAUCCCUGGUGUCCCUCACCACAGCCAUGGUCAUCCUCUGCAGGUUCAGGAAGCUCCACUGCACCAGGAACUUCAUCCACAUGAACCUGUUCGUGUCCUUCAUCCUGCGAGCCAUCUCGGUCUUCAUCAAGGACGGCGUGCUGUACGCCCAGGAGGACAGCGACCACUGCUUCGUACACACAGUGGCGUGUAAAGCAGUGAUGAUUUUCUUCCAUUACUGUGUCAUGUCCAACUACUUCUGGCUGUUCAUUGAGGGUCUCUAUCUCUUUACUCUGCUGGUGGAGACUUUCUUUCCCGAGCGACGUUACUUCUACUGGUACACCAUCGUAGGAUGGGGAACUCCCACCAUCUGUGUCACCGUCUGGGCAGUUCUGAGGCUCCACUUUCACGACACGGGGUGCUGGGAUACAAAUGAGAACACCGCCCUCUGGUGGGUGAUCAAAGGACCGGUGGUGGCUUCCAUCAUGAUAAACUUUGUCCUCUUCGUUGGGAUAAUCAUCAUACUGGUGCAGAAGCUGCAGUCCCCGGACAUCGGAGGGAACGAAUCCAGCAUUUACCUCAGCUGUGCUCAGAAAUGCUUCAGUGAGCCCACACAGGCUGUUCAGCAUUCGUGCAGGAUGUCAGAGUUAUCCACCAUCACACUGCGUCUGGCGCGCUCGACCCUCCUGCUCAUCCCCCUGUUCGGGAUCCACUACACCGUGUUCGCAUUCUCACCCGAAGACGUGAGCAAGAGGGAGAGACUGGUCUUUGAACUGGGACUGGGAUCCUUCCAGGGCUUUGUCGUAGCUGUUCUUUAUUGUUUCCUCAACGGAGAGUUUCUCCCUGAAGGUGCAGUCGGAGAUCAAGAGGAAAUGGCGCAGCUGGACGGUGAACCGGUACUUUGCCGUGGACCUGAAGCAGCAGAGGCACCCGUCGCUGGCCAGCAGCGGCGUGAACGGCGGCACUCAGCUGUCGAUCCUCAGCAAGAGCAGCUCCCAGAUACGGAUGUCCAGCCCGCUGGCGGAGAACGGCAACAUCGGCCUCCCGACCUGAGCGUCUGAGCCGCUGGCAAGAGGUGCAAAACCACAGCAGACCAAAGGCCCCCCCCCCCCCCCCCCACACACACACACACACACACACACCUCAUUGCAUCCUGUAGUUUGGCCUUUUCGAAAAUGACUUGCAAACUUACAUUUGUUUCAGUAUUUUAGUUGGAUCUGUUGAUUAAACACUUGAUCCUGAUCAUUUCUUUUAAAUGAGCAAAUUCUAUUCCAUAGAUUAAAACAGAGAUAUUUGAAUUUCCCUUCUCAUCUUAAAUAGCCCCUACUACUGUUUAAUGUAUAAUUAAUGCCAACGUUGAGUUGGUGCAUAAGGACGGCCCUUGUAAAAAUAGAAAACGGUUUUGUUUAAAUGUCAAAUGUCAGGGUCGCAUUUGGCUCUUUGUGUGUCGUGUUGUGCGUCAAAGUGCCAUUCAGGUUGCAUCUGAUCUCCUCGCGGUCCAAAGUGAAGCAGCAGCCAAACGUUGUACAAAUGCUCAUCGUUUCAAAGGGUUUCCUCUUACAUUUUAAAAGAAUUUCUACAUCAGCCGUAAGUACAGAGUAUGUCAAAAGAUAUAUUGGGUGAAAAAAAAACAAAAAAAAAACUCAUGGACUUUGUAAAUAGUCACUUUUGUUGUUGGAGGUCUGAAUUUCUUUCUUUGGCGAAACGCCGUAUCGUAACGACCUUUUCAAACGAAAAGAACUGGAGCCCAAAUCUGUAGACGUCAUCCCGUCUCCUGAGGCCCACCACAUUCUGGACUGUUUGUGUUGAAUAAAGACAGAGAAGAGUAAAGUGCCAAAGGGAAUGAGCGCAGUAGAGCAGUGUUGGGCUCUGAUCAAUUAUUUCCUUUUUAAGGACAUUUAUUUUACUCCCCCCCCCCCCCCCCCCCCUCUCCCCUGGCAUAAAACGCCACGAGGGUCAACUCAUUAAACGGUCGGCAACCACUAGGGGAACAUCACAACGUCAUGUACAAAACAAAAAGUUAGUACCUCCAGAAUGACCCGAUUCAUCCUCACAGGGGUCUCCUCCAGUUGAUUUUCUAUUUCGCCGACUCGUCGUCAACGUUCUUGCAGAGCGUGGACGCCACCUUUAGUGGAUGAUUGUGUCCGAAGCUCCUCAUGGCUGACUUUGCGUUUUGGCUGACUUUGCGUUUUGUCAUGCUCAUGCUCAUGCACAUGCUCUCAAAGGAAGCAAGAGGACUCUUUGUCUUUGUCCUCUUUUCUCCGAGCACCAGCACGUCGUCUCAUAUCAAGUUACUUACUUCACUGUCAUUUCUUGGAAUGAAUCACCUCCAAUGCUCAUGUUCCAAAGUGCCUAGUCAGUCACAAAUAGCUCUCGCUCUCAUUUCAAGUCAUGUGAAAACAUAUCUUACAUUUUUUGUCAUCUCCUGCAAAGAAUGUAAAGAGUGUUGUGUUUUAAUUUUGAAACCGAGUUGUGAUGUUUUUUAUGGUAUGCUAUGAAAAAAAUAAUGUUUUGCUCAUGUUUUUGGGGUCUUGCUGUUUGUUUCUUUGUAUUUCUUUUUAUCAACUGCUGUAUUUGACCUCAAUUGUUGCAAAUGUAUUCAAGAGGAGUCCGUUACACACAAAACAGCGUCAAAAAAAUACACGUGACAGCUUUUGACAAUCGUAGUGAGGCCCGUUUCUUUCCUUUCUCUCUCUUUAACUGUCGAGACGUGGAAAUAAUUCAAGAUGAAAUGUGAACCGAUGUACAGAAGGAUUUAUCCACAGUAUUUACUCCAUUUUUAUCUUUUUUUAUGUACUGAGGGAUUUACAUGAUUGUAGUUUCUUAAAAAGAUUGACAAUCGUUUAAGAGAAAAGGAUUUAAAAGUGUCUCCAUUAACCAGUGCCAUGCGAAAUGACUCAAUGUAUAUAUGCUUUCUCAUGUGUCAUUCAUGUAUUAUUUCAUGAUGUCGCCUCUCUUGUUGCCCUGACUGGCCACACGUUUGGCACAAUGUCUCAUUCAUAAUUUCAUAUACAUUUUUUUUUUUUAAAACACUGACAGCUAAUAGUUGUCCAAAGCUGCACAGGAUAUUGUGAGGGAGAAAAUGUAUAAACUCUAAGAAGCAAGAUAAAACUGUGGAGGAGACCCAUCGGAUUCUUGCAUCUGCUUGGCUGCUUUUUGACAAAAACGGCGUAUGACAAGAUGUUAAGGGAACUAGAGCCAGAGGUAGGAAAAGGCUGAUUACUUAAUUAGGAAGGUGUUGAAAGGUGGAACAACUGCGACAGAUGAAACGCAAAGUGAGUGCGAGGAGGUGAUGAAGAAAAAAAAAAACAUCUCCAGCCGUCAUUCUGAGUAACGAGAUGUCACUCUGGAAAGAGAAGUCAUUGCUUUUGUGUCCCUGCUCUUAUUUCUUUUUACCACAAAGUGGCGGCAAAGGAUUCUAGUUCAUUGUCAAAGAAAACUGAAUUAUUUGAAUUUCAAAACUGGCUUGCAUAUGAGGAAAUCUUGAGUCGGGGGCACCUUUUUUCGGACCAUUCCUCUCUCCACACACACACACACACACACUUCUUACACUUAGUUUAUUGAUACUGAUCUUUUUGUGUGAAAGAAAAGCUCUUGACAACUUUUCUGAGAUAAAUCGUUUUUGUAAAUAUGUUCAUUUACUUUCUAGCUGAGGGUUUUGGUGAGACGACUGCUAUUGAUUUAGAGGUCUUGUAUGUCGACAAUGAAGCUACAGCCAGUUAGCUUAGCACAAGUACUAGAAGCAGGAGGAAACCGCCCUUCUGUGUCCCCAGGGUCUUUAUUGUAAAUCCUCCCCGGAUGACGGUAGAUUCGAAAGGUCUCGUUUGUCGUAAUAGGGUGACCGUAGGCUGGGGAAGCGGGAUUGGCACCCAUGGGGACACAGAUAAGCACCCGGCUAGACCUAAUAAACCACCCUAUCGACUCGACUAGCUAAAUGAAAAAACAGCUAGCGAAUAUUUGGUGUUUUACCCCCCCCUAAAAUGUCGAGUCAUUCCUUUGAAUGCAACUCUUUUCAGUGUGCGAUGUCUCCGUUUUUAAAGGCCCUCUAUUUGGCGGUUGUGCGUAAUGAGCCAAGUGUGUGAGUUCAGUUGAUUGCCAAUGAAUUUUUGAAUGUACCAAUGUUGCUCAGCUGCUCUUAAAUGUCGCCUGCUAUCAAUAUGCCAUGGUGUACAAAUGAUGUCUUUUCUUGAUCAUAUACAAUACACUGUAUAUGUAUAUUUUUGACACGCAGGUUGAAACCUGUAAUGUUUGUGAUCGUUUUUUUUGUAUGUUUAUGUAACUGUGUGUGUGUGUGUGUGUGUGGAAGUUGGAGCAAGUGUAUUCUGUACACAUGUGCACGUAACGACAAGCAUUAUAAACAAGGAUAUAUGUAACUUAAAUGUGAAAAGAAUAUCUACUAAGCCUCAUCCAUGUUAUAUUCCACCUGUAACAGUGUGUCGUGUGUUACAUGCGUUCCAGCGUCAAACAAUUAUGUCCCAGGUUGUGUAAAUUUCAAUGCAAAAUAAAUCUGUGGUACAUUGUU